AUGGGUGAUAUUUCAUGUCAAAAUUGCAACACUACUUCACCAAAUCACGACCUUGUUGGAUGGACCUGGGAAAACGCCAGCCGAGGCACUAUCAGUUUGAUAACAACAUGUCUGGCCACGAUCUUUCUGUGCACGUGGGUCGUCAUUCAUCCCAGAGUGUACAAACGAGAGCGCUACGCAACACUACACAAGAUUGCUCUGUUCUUCAAGACAAUAUUCGCCCCAGAGUUGAUCGCAGUCGAAGGACUGCAAGAAUGGUCCCAGUGUCGGAGAAUGCAACGAGAGUGCGCCGACUUCACCUCGGGUGAACUCAAACUCAUCCACGCCUUCUACGUCAGCAUGCUGGCGUUACGAUACCGAACGCCAAACGGCGACCGUGUCAUUUGGCCCAAUCAAUACACUUGGCUACUACAGCAAGGUAUCAUUCGGUGGGAAGACCAUGCAAACUGGGGCCUGUCUCUGGAUAAUAUCUGCGACAAGAGCAAAUCAGAUAAUGCUGCAAAGCUACUGGCACUGAUCCAGGUGACCUGGUUCUCAGCGCAGUGCAUACUGCGCAUUGGGUUUCACCUUCCUAUCUCACAGUUGGAGUCCAUGACGCUGGGUUAUAUCCCACUGUUCGUUGUGACAUAUUUCUUUUGGUGGAACAAGCCCAAGGACGUCCGGUCAUCGUCUAUCAUCGACCUCCCGAGAAUGAGUCAGGGACAGAUGCGCCUCUUUGAAUCAAUGGCGGUCAGCAACAAGUUUGACAACGAAGGGAUGAAAGAGCAGGUCUCAUAUUGGAAUAUAUGGUAUCUUACUCCUCGGGUAUUCGAGAAGGAAGAGGAGGACAGACUUAUACGGGAGGCUCGGACAAAGACUCUCAAAGGCCCGGAUCGUCAUCCGAGUCCUGAAAACCCAUACGCUACUGCAGUCAGCGAACGUGAAGCUCAAGACGUGGAGGGUCAAACUGAGAUUCGUAAGGAGAUCGUCGUGGCUCAUUGGGAUCCUGAUCUAUACAGAUCGAAGAUUUGGCCAUUGACGUGUCUAUUUGGGGUCUCAUUUGGCGCCCUUCAUCUUGUGUCUUGGAAUACUACGUUCCCGUCCAUAGUUGAAUUGUGGCUCUGGCGAGUUUCCGCCUUCGUCUCUAUCGUGUCGAUGCUUAUAUUCAUGCAUUUUGAGAAGGUUGUUGUCCGUUGGGAUGGCGUCUUGACGAUUUUCAGUCUUUCGUCGCCAGUGUUUUAUCUUCUGAGUCGCGUUGUGAUGAUCGGUGAAGUGUUUGCCGCGUUGAGAGCAUCAGACCCAGCUAUUUAUCAGGCCUAUGAGAACACAGCGUACUGGCUGCCCUUUUUCUGA